AUGCGCCAUCUACUCUGUGUCACAUUUUCCACCAUAAGCUUUUUGGUCAGGCCGAGAACCCUUACCUCCACCACUUCUACAGUUUACCUUUCGCCAAACACUCGUUUUUUUUUCGAUCGGUCUAUUUUUUUUUUCUUCGAUAUUUUAAGUACGAAAUGGCCUUCCCAGCCUGCUCUCUCUUCCCUCUCUUACUCUCUCUUACAUGAUUAUUCUAUCAAUUUUUCCGGGGUUUUUUUGUUUUUGUUUUCUUUCUUUCUUUCUUUCUUUCUUUCUUUCUUUCUUUCUUUUUCUUUCUUACUUUCUUUCUCCUCCCCCUCUCUCUUUCUCUCUCUCUCUCUUUCUCGCUUUUAUCUAACUUUCCUACUCAUAAAAGUCAAUGUUUUUUCUCCACCUGAGUCACAUCUCUCUCACAUCCCUCUUCUCUCCAUAGGUUUUAUCCGUUCUCUCUCCUUAAACAAAUCAUUCUUUCUUUUCAAUUUUUUCUUUCUUUUUUUCCUUAUUUCCUACUUUAACAAGUCAUUGUCUCUCUUCAUCUCUCUCUCUCUCUCUCUCUGCUUCUUUAUCUUUCUUUCUUCGCCUUUCUAUCUCUCUUCGCCUUUCUUUCUUUCCUUUCUUCUAUUUCAUUUUCCUUUCUCUAGAUAUUUCUUUCUUUCUGUUUUCUUUCUUUCUUUCUCGACCUUUCUUUUUUCUUUCUAUCUUUUCUUUCUUCCUUUCUUUCUUUCUUUCUUUCUUUCUUUCCUUUCUUUUUUAUUUCGAUCUAUCUUUCUUUCUUUCUUUAUUUUUCUUUCGAUCUAUCUUUCUUUCUUUCUUUCUCAACCUUUCUUUUUUCUUUCUAUCUUUCUGUCUUUCUUUCUUUCUAUCUUUCUUUCUUUCUUGCCUUUCUUUUUUUUCUUUCUGGCUUUCUUUCAUUUUUCUUUCUCGACCUUUCUAUUUUCUUUUUGUCUUUCUUUCUUUCUUUCUUUGCCUUUCUUUUUUCUUUCUUUCUAUCUUUCUUUCUUUCUUUCUUUUUCUAUCUAUCUUUCUUUCUUUCUUUUUUUUUUUUUGGCUUUUUCUUUUUUCGACCUUUCUAUCUUUUUCUUUUUUUUUUUUUUCUUCUUUCUUUUUUUUUUUUUUUUUUUUUCUUUUUCUCGACCUUUCUUUUUCUUGCCUUUCUUUUUUCUUUUCUUUUUUCUUUCUGUCUUUCUUUCUUUCGUUUUCUUUCUAUCUAUCUAUCUAUCUAUCUAUCUAUCUUUCUUUCUUUCUUUCUUGCCUUUCUUUUUUCUUUCUGUCUUUCUUUCUUUCGUUUUCUUUCUAUCUAUCUAUCUAUCUAUCUAUCUAUCUUUCUUUCUUUCUUUCUUGCCUUUCUUUUUUUCUUUCGUUUUCUUUUUUUUUCCCUUUCGUUUUCUUUCUAUCUAUCCUAUCUUUUUCUUUCUAUCUUCUUUCUUUUUCUUUCUAUUUCUCUAUCCUUUUUUUUUUUUUCUUUCUUUCUUUCUUUCUUGCCUUUCUUUUUUCUUUCUGUCUUUUUUUCUUUCGUUUUCUUUCUAUCUAUCUAUCUAUCUUUCUUUCUUUCUUUCUUUCUUGCCUUUCUUUUUUCUUUCUGGCUUUCUUUCAUUUUUCUUUCUCGACCUUUCUAUUUUCUUUUUGUCUUUCUUUCUGUCUUUCUUUCUUUGCCUUUCUUUUUUCUUUCUCUCUUUCUUUCUAGGACUUUCUUUUUCUUUUCCUUCUUUCUUUUUGUCCUUUCUUUCUUUCUUUCUUUCUUUACCUUUCUUUCUUCCGUCUUUUUCAACGUCGAAAUGUUUUACAUCGGAUUUUUCUAUUCUCUCUCUCUGUCUCUCUCUCUCUCUCUCUAUGUCUCUCUCUCCCUAUCUCUCUGUGCGUAUGUGUCUCUCUCUCUGUGUCUCUCUCUGUCUUCUGUCUCUCUCUCUCUCUCUCUCCCCCUCUCUCCCUCUCUCUUUCUGUGCGUGUGUGUCUCUCUCUGCGUCUCUCUGUCUGUCUGUCUGUCUGUCUCCCUCUCUCUCUGCGUGUGUGUCUCUCUCCGUGUCUCUCUCUGUGUCUGUCUGUCUGUCUGUCUGUCUGUCUGUCUGUCUGUCUCUCUCUCUCUCUCUCUUUCUUGCCCUAUUUGUUUCUUUUUAA